AUGCAGCCGCAGAAAUGCUUACGCCGUAGCGCGCCUAAGGUCCGCACUGGAUGCAGGACAUGCAAAAUUCGGCGAAUCAAAUGUGACCAGCAGAAGCCCCGUUGCAAAAGAUGUACGCUAGCCAAAUUCCAAUGCGACGGCUAUGCUCUCGUGAGCUUAGCAGAAACUGCCCUGGAGGACACGAAACGAUCCAAAGCCCUGCGAUUCUACCUACGCAACACGCGUCAGCAACUCGGCACCUUUGUCAGCGAUGAGCUCUGGGAGUACUGGAUACCGCAAAUCGUACAUGCUGAGCCCUGCUUGCGCGAUGCUGUGGCUGUCCUGUCUCUGUGUCAUGAAGAUUACAUUUCCGGUCGGCGCUCCGCAACCGACCGACAGUCAACCCUUCUCUUAUAUAACAGGGCUAUCGAAGGCGUUCGGUCAAGUAGGCAUGAUGUCGUCCUGAUAUCUCUCCUGUCCUGCGCCAUCUUUAUCUGCGUCGAGAUUCUUCGAGGACAGCACAAGUCUGUAAUUAGACUGCUCCGAUGUGGUUGUGCAUUUCUCCGCGAGGCAAAGCAAAGCACUGUCGUCCACGGCAACACCAUCAUUGACCGGGACAGUUUACUUAAUCAUCUGGCUGCCUUCUUCAUCCGCAUGUCUGCGCAGAUAUCUUGGCUCUUUUACACCCCGGUGCCAAUGAAACGCGCUAUCCCCGACGCGCUGAUACCUACAAUUAGUCCGUCACAAAUGAUCAGCACCAAAGGCCACUUUAGAUCACUAGGGCAGGCACGAGAUGCAUUAGCAUACAUUGUUCUGCGACUGGUAUGUAGCUCGUCGAUGCCUUCGGAGCCCACCAAGUUCGCGCCGGACGUACUGGAGGCUCUGAGGCAGUGGUGGGUAGCCUUUGAGCCCUAUCGGUCACGAUCCUCCCGACGAAACGCAUUUUCAAAUCAAGCGGGUGGCAUCGCACUGCUUACGUUACAGUAUCAUGUACUCGCAAUGGAGUCGGCAGCAACAUACACCAAUGGUACUAUCGUUGGACGCUGGCUCCAGAGCACGCCGGAAACAUAUCGAGAAAUGCUUUCGUGUGCGGAGACGGCCGUGCAAGAAGCUAAAAAGAAGUCAGAGAGCCCGGGAACGCCAAUCUUUCACACCGACGUAGGUAUCGGGCCACUCGUAUUCCAGAUCCUGCUUCGCUGUGGCGAUCCCGACAUCCGUCAGCAGUGCGUUGAAAUUAUGAGCCAGUGUAACUCACAGGAAGGGGUCUAUAAUGGCGCCUUGGCUAAGGGCUUGGUUGAGAAACUCGACGCCGUAUGGGAUACAUAUGAGUUUGUCGUUGCCCAACCAGGUGCUACAGAAGAGCAAAUGGAAGUGACAGUUCUAAAUCGCCAAAGGGAAGCCAUAUUGACUACCGUCUUGCCAUUGUGA